AAUGCAUGGGUUACCAUCAAGCCAGAUAAUUAUUUUGCAACAAUACAGAACUAGAAUCUAUCUAAUAUAUAAUAAUCUAAAUUCCAAAGAAUUCUAACAGUGUGUUAUCACAGUUUUGAAAGCCACUGCUUGUUAAUUUUACACAUCUGUGUGUGUUGGAAUAGUAUUUUGAAAUGUCAUCGCAAACUCCAUCUACACCUAGCAGGAGAAGCAAAAGGGGAAGAGGGACUGAAGCAGGCAGUCCAGAUGGAUCUGAUAAUCAACCACCACAAACCCCAACACGACGCUCAUCUAGAUCAACCACUAGCACUCCAACAAGAUCCAGCACGAGAAAGUCCCCAGGUAACAGAAGCGAGCUGUCAUCUCCUCCUUCUCAGCGUCGCAGGAUUGAAGCUUCCUCCCCUGGUGAUGAGCUCGGGCCCCUGGAUUCUUCCUCUGUGACAGGAGCAGCUGAUGAUUCUUUUGUUACUAGUCCGAGGGGAGUGCCCACCAGUGAAAUAGAUCUGAGCUCCCCACUAAACUAUGGCACACCUGGCUCACAGGGUACAGGUAUUGGAACCCCAGCCGUGGGGGCCACGCCCAUCAGACACAGACCUGAUGUACGAAGUGACAGAAAACUAAGACAGGUGGCCAUUGGUGGAUCUGAACCUCCAUCUGAAACUGACAGGAGUGAGGUAGCCAGUGAUAUAAAUGUGGCUGGACCCCAGCUGGUCAUCUGGGGAACAGAUGUGGUGGUCAGUCACUGUAAGGAGAAGUUCAGAAGUUUUAUCAUGAGGUAUGUGGACACAAGCAUGGCUGAUGAUGAGCAGUUCUCAGGCAUGGAUGUGGACCAACCUUAUUAUCUGCAGAGAAUGGAUGAGAUCAAUGCUAUUGGAGAACCAUUCUUAAAUGUCAACUGUUCUCACCUGCGUGAGUACAAUGCUGAACUCUACCGUCAACUCAUCUGCUACCCGCAAGAAGUGAUCCCAACAUUCGACAUGGCCAUCAAUGAAAUGUUCUUUGAGCGUUUCCCCACUGCCACGCUGGAGCACCAGAUCCAAGUUAGACCAUACAAUGCAGAGCACACUAAAAAUAUGAGAUCACUCAACCCUGAAGAUAUUGACCAGCUGAUAACUAUCUGUGGCAUGGUUAUCAGAACGUCCUCCCUUAUCCCUGAAAUGCGUGAGGCUUUCUUCCAAUGCCACGUUUGUCAGAACACAACCACGGUUGAGAUUGACCGUGGUCGCAUCGCUGAGCCAACCCUCUGUACCCACUGUAACACAAAAUAUUCGUACCAGAUGAUUCACAACAGAUCUCAGUUUUCUGAUAAACAGAUGAUCAAGAUGCAGGAGUCCCCAGAGGACAUGCCACCAGGUCAAACACCUCACACUGUCAUCCUGUACGCCCACAAUGAUUUGGUGGACCGUGUCCAGCCUGGUGAUCGUGUGACUGUGACCGGCAUCUUCAGGGCCGUCCCGCUCAGAGUCAACCCUCGCCAGAGGAACGUCAAGUCUGUUUACAAGACGCACAUUGAUGUGGUACACUUUAGGAAGCUGGAUGCCAAAAGGCUUACAGAAGAUAGUGAAGAGGGGACUGUACAGAUGAGAGAAGAAAGAAUAAAAAUAGUUAAAGAUUUAGCAAAGAAACCUGAUAUCUAUGAAAGACUUGCUCGUGCUAUAGCUCCAAGCAUCUAUGAAAAUGAAGACAUCAAGAAGGGAAUUUUGCUGCAGUUGUUUGGUGGAAAUAGAAAGGAUUUCUCAAACACUGGAAGGGGAAAGUUCAGGGCGGAGCUGAACAUACUCCUGUGUGGUGACCCCGGUACUAGCAAGUCCCAGCUGCUGCAGUACGUCCAUCACCUGGUCCCACGUGGUCAGUACACGUCUGGUAAAGGCUCCAGCGCUGUAGGUCUCACAGCCUACGUUACCAAGGACCCUGAGACCAGGCAACUUGUGUUGCAGACUGGUGCUUUAGUUCUCAGUGACAAUGGUGUGUGCUGUAUUGAUGAGUUUGAUAAGAUGAAUGACAGUACAAGGUCUGUGCUGCAUGAAGUCAUGGAACAACAGACAUUGUCCAUCGCUAAAGCUGGAAUUAUUUGCUCACUGAAUGCUCGGACAUCUAUACUUGCUGCUGCCAACCCUGUGGAAUCUCAGUGGAAUAAAAAUAAAACAAUCACAGAAAAUAUUCAACUGCCACACACUCUUCUCUCCAGAUUUGACUUGAUCUUCUUAAUACUUGACCCACAAGACGAGCUGUUUGACAGAAGGCUGGCUGGCCAUUUGGUCUCUCUUUAUUUCCGUGGGAAAGAUGCAGAAGAAGAAGAAAAUAUGGACAUGCAUAUUUUAAAAGAUUACUUGACAUACGCUAAAGCUUUUGUGAAACCCAAGAUAGGAGAAGAAGCUGGACAGGCAUUCAUCCAAGCUUAUGUUGAAAUGAGGAAGGUGGGGAGUUCAAGGGGACAGAUAUCUGCAUACCCCAGGCAACUAGAAUCUCUUAUACGAUUGGCUGAAGCACAUGCCAGAAUGAGGCUGUCUGAUAAUGUGGAAGUUGCUGAUGUGGAAGAAGCCAGAAGACUGUACAAGGAAGCCCUUAAACAGGCUGCCGUCGACCCUGCCACAGGAAAAAUUGACAUCACCAUCUUGACCACAGGCAUGAGCGGGGCGGCUCGCAAGAGGAAGGCGGAGGUGGCUGCAGCUCUGAAGAAACUGAUCCAGGGCAAGGGGAAGAUCCCAACUCUCAAGCACCAGAAACUGUAUGAGGACUUCAGGGAAGCUCAGGAAUUUCCAAUCACCAAAGAGAUGUUUGAUGAUGCUUUACGUGAACUUCAAGAUGAAGAUUUCCUUAUUGUAACCAACAAAGUUAUUCGACUGUGUUCGCUUUAAAUCAUUUUCUUUGAUAUUUUAAUUACAAA